AUGAGAAAGAGAUUUCAUUUGAAUAAAUGGUACCAUUGGGUGUAUUAUUGCCUGCUGUUAAUAAGUAAGAAAAGAAAUAAUGUUUACUAGUCUCUUGGUAUAAGGUGUCAUACUUAUCAAUAAUAAAUUGGAUCUUCUAUUGUAUAUUCACAUAUUUCUUGGGAUACAAAUGUAUAAUAAAGUUAUAAUAUGAAUAGUUCUUAGUGAAGAGAUUUUAAAGAAGUUCAAGGUAAUGAUGAAAUGGCAUGCGAUAUUAACAUUGACAAUAAGUUUAUAUUUUUUAAUAGGAUUAUUUCUUUGUUUAAUGAGAAAUGGGGUAGAAUAGACAAUGAUAGAAAGGUUAAAUUUUAAUAGUGAAAUAUAUAUAUUUGGUUAUUAGAGUGUAUUUGCUUUAAUGUUAUGUUAAUUGUUGUUGAAUUUAGGAUUACUAAUAGUAGAAUUGAUAAUCUAUUGGAAUAGUGAAAUGCCAUAAUAUGAAUAGGUAGAUCAGAAUGAGAAUUACACAUUCUAAUAGAGGAAAACUAGUUAUUUAAGACAAUAGAGUAUGAUGGAUAAAAUAAUAAUGUUAAUAAUUGUGUAGUUAUGUUUAAAUGAUGGAUUAGUAACAUUAUUUUUGGUUCUUUGUAUGUUGAUUUGGUUAGCAUUACAUUUUCAUAUAUUGAAUAAAAGGACUAGAUUUAGAUAUUGUUAAAUGGUAAUAAAGAGUAUAGUAAUUUGUUCAUUUGCUUCAUUGUUGUUAUUAAUUUUAUCAGGAUAAUAGAAUUAUUCUUUUAGUACAUUAAAUGGAACAUUAAAUAUUUAUCGAAUAUUCAAAAUAUUUGCUAUAAUUUUAAUGACUACAAUUCUAAUAUUGAGUAUGAGAGCAUACCAUUACUAAUUGAUUAUAGGAUAAGAAGAAGAAAUUGAAGAAUUAGAAAAAGAGAUCUAAAAAGAUAUGAGAUUGAAAAUAUCAUCAUUUGAAAUUCUUUUAGGAGAAAAUUACUUUGGGGUAAUUAUGAUCUUAAGUGUGUUUUGGAUAUCUAAAUAAUUUAGUAUAUUGAGAGGAUUGGUAUAUUUGAUUUUAUUAGUUGGAUAAUUAAAGAGAAAGUAAUAUAAGGCAACUAGACGUUGGUAAUGUGCAAUUGCUAUUUUAUAUCUAGCAUUUGCUUAGUUUUUCCUAUUGAAAUUAUUCAAUAUACCAUAAUUUAAGGUUAGUGCUUACUUUCAAUAUUUGGGAGUCUAUGAAUAACCAUAAUUUAAUCCUGAUGAAUUAUUUGCUAUUUGGGAUUAUUUUUAUAAUAGAUUCAAUGUAAUUAUCAUUGAUUUAUUCUAUAUUCUCAUUGUUAGUUGGCUUGUUUAUUCAUAAUAAACUAUUGAUGAUAGAAGACGUUAAAAGAAAAUUAAUGAUUUAGAUACUAAAGAUAGACCAAAUAGAGAAUAAAAACCAAGUUGUUGGACGAAUUUUAAAUCAAAUUUAUCAAGUCUAAAUUAUUAAUUUUAGAAGAGUUUCUUAAUCCACUUUGAUGAAAUUGUUAUCAUUUAUUCUCUUAUUACUGCUCUAAGCCAUGCAGAUAUUUUUAGAGGAGUCUUUUUAAUAUUCUUUAUACUGUAUGCCUUUGCACAACUCUAAAAAAGAAGAAAGUAUAUGAGAAAUCAUUUAAGCAUUGGAUAUAUUAUAUUAUUCAUAUUAUAUUCUAUGUAAUUGAUGUUUUUAGGAUCAUUAUCUACACUCAAUUUCAUAUUUAAAUUUGGUGGCUUAGAUGAAGUUACAUAAUAAUUCAAAUUCUCUUUCUAUUUUAUUUACAAAUACUAUGAUAUCAUUAUUGGAUGUGUAUUAUUAACAUUUUAAAUUUAAGUAAUCUAAAAAACUGAUCAUUAUUAAGAAUAUAAGAAAAAAUUAAAUGAUUACAAUCUUGAUUAUUUGAGGUAAAUAUUAUAAACUAAUGGAUUAAUUUUUUGUUAAAUUAUUGCUUUAAUUGUAGCCUUUAUACCACCUGCUAAUUUAUUGUCACUGAUUUUUAUCUUCUUUUUUUAGUUGUUUCUCUAUUUAUAUUACAUUUAUGGAUAACUCAAUAUCAUUAUGGAUAGAAUAUACUUAUAUUGGCCACUUAUGAUUACAUUAACUCUGAUAAUAUUAAUUGUUAGAUACACAUAUACAAUUAAAUUCUUUUACUUUUUUGUAGAAUUGUACUUUUAAUAACCAACUCUUUUGAGUGACUUUGGUUUGGAUCCAGAUUUUAAUACUCUUAAAUUAGUUGGAACUGGUAUUGCUUUAUUAGUUUUAUGUGCAUAUGAAAGAGCCUAUUUAGCACCACCUAUAUAAAAAGAAAAAUAGUAAAAAUAGAUAUACAAAAAGGAUACAUUUGCUUACUAUUUAUAUUGUAUAUACAUAAAAGUCUGUGUAUAUAGUGUAUAUCAUAUACAAAAAGUGACUUUCAUGUUUUCAUUCUUUAUUUCUGUCUACUAAUAAAGUUAUAUUGGUUUCCUAUUUGCCAUCAUGAUAUUCCUUAUUAUGUUGAAUGAAAUGAGAAACAAUUGGCAAAACAUAUCUAUACCAAUAUUGGUUAUUAUUUUUAUUUAGAUACUUAUACAAUAUAUUUUUUAAGCAGAACUUCUGAGAAAUGCUUAAGGUUAGGAAACUAUAUCUUGGAUUGGAAUAGAGAAUCAAUAUUAAAAUAAAUAUUGGUAUUUAUUAAUAAUGUUUCACUUAUCAGAAAUGCUAUAAGUAUUGAAUGUAAUGUUCAAAUAAUAAGUGAAUGAUUAUUUACAAUUAUUUUAAAUUACUACUGAUAGAGAAAUUACUAAUCUAUAAUUAUUAUAGUAACUCUUACAUUCAUUAUAAUAAAAUAUAAUCUAAGAGUAAAAUACAAAUGAAUCUGAUGCUUCUUAAUAGUAAUUAAUAGAAUAAUAAGGAAAUGAAGAAAAAUCAUAGGAAUCUAUUUUUUAUGAUGAAUAAGAUGAUAUAAAUGAAAGAUUUGCUAAGAUUUAAGAUUACUAUUCCUAAAAAUCAAAUUUGCAAUAAUAGUAGUUUUAUUAUAAAGUAUAUCCUUUUUAUAGAGCACUUAAGUUUCAUUAAUCAGUUGAUAAUCUGUUUACUUAGAUUGGAUUAGAAGUGUGUUUAUUUUUUAUAGUGAUCACUGCAUAUUAUUAAAGAAAUUUCUUUUCAGUUUUUUAUAUAGUUGUUGCUAGUGCUUUUGCAAACAGAUCAUAUUUAUUAGAUAGACAUUCUAAAAUUGGUAAUUUUGGAUAAGCUUGGGGAGCAUUAUGUAUAUUGUAAAUGUUAGAAGUGAUUAGAAAGUAUGGUACAUUAUAAUGGACUCCACCAUCAUGGGAUGUUCGUAAACCAUGGUGGUAUUUUAGUUAUUCAUGUAAUCCUAAAGGAAAGGAAUCAUUUAAUAAUGAUGAUCCUGAUGAUUCUACAAGUGAUUUUAUGAAAUGUUAAACUGAUUGGAAUUAUUGGUUAUCUUUAUAAGGCUAUACAAAUUGGGAUUUAUGGAUUAAUUUUAUUGCUUUAUUGAUUUCCUUAUGUUUUUAUCGCCAUUUUAAAACUGUAUAAAGAAGACAAUAAGAAUAAGAGAUGAAUGAUCACUUACAUCCUCAUAGAGAGGAGAUUCAAGCAAAUGUAAUGGAUAAAAAUGAUUUUACUUAUGAAGAAAAUAGAACAAAGAUAAUGGAUUUUAUAAAGUUCUUCAUUUUUUGUUAUUUCUAUAAAUUUGCUUUGAUAAUAUUUUUAUUAAUAGGUAUGUCAUCAGAUAUUUAAUCAUAUACAGAAGUGAUCUCUUGUAUCUAUUUCUUUUUAGCUAUAAAUUUAUUAUAUAUGAGUGAGAAAUUAGAGAAGGAAAGAAAUACAAUAUGGAGUAAGUUAAUAUUGUUUAAUACAAUUGUGAUGAUAUUAAUGUCUUUAUAUUAAGCUCCUUUUAUUAAAUGUCCAAUAAUAUAUGAAAAUGAUAGAUAUUAUUAUGAUAAUGUAGAAUGUGUAUAGAUUUAAUUGAAUAAUCAUUAUUACAAUAGUGAUUUCUUUAUAUUUCUUUAAGAUGAAUUUUAAUUAUUGGCUCGAUAAACUAAUGAUAUUUUAAAGAAAUAUGAAGGAGUAUCAACUAUAGAUGUGAUAUACAUGUUUUUAUCUCAUCUAUUGGGUUUGAAUAAGACAUUAGAGUAUUAAUUAUUAAUUAACAUUUAGUUUUCGUUUUGGUUUCUACAAGGAGACUUUGAUGGCAUUCUUUUUUUUACUUGGUUUAUUACAAAGAAAUAUAUGGGCUCAUCCAUAUAUGAGGAUAUAUGUAGAUCCAUAUUUGUAGAGAUAAUAAUAAUAAUAAAAGAUUAGUGCUAUUUAAUUGAUAGAAGGAAUUCAUUUGAAAAGAAUAUGGGAUUUUAAAUAUGUAUAAGCAUAAAAACAAGUACAUGAGAGUUUAUAAUAAAGAGUUUAAAAUAGAGUAGAAAAAUGGGAUAACUUUUUUUAAUUUGAUGAUAAUAAUAGUUUGAAAAAGAAGAGUUUCUUUUAUUUAACACCAAAAAGAGAAGAAUAAUUUUAAAUUAUUUAAUUUGCAGAAGAACGAUCUGAAGAUAAUUAAUAACAUACAAGUUUUGAUUCUGAAAAGUUUUAAGGUUUUAAAGGUGAACCUAAGAAAUUAAUAAAGGCUGAAAAGAUUACUUAAUAAAAUAAAGCACCUGUAAUACAUUUAUAUGAUGCUUGUUGUAUUGUUAAACAUUCAAUAAAUGAAAAAGAUUUGAAAUUAAGAUUAAAAAAAUUAAUGUUAUUAGAAGAGAAAAGAUAGUUAGAAAGAGUAUAUUUGAAUGAUAGAAUAGGAUUAACAAAUUAUCAUGUUGGAGUAAUAGAUGAAAUUGAUAGAAAAAUAUUAUAAGUUGAAAAUGAAAUUGCAUAAUUAUUUAAAGUAUAACCAUUAAAAAAAUCAACAUCAAUGAAAGAUAUUAAAAUGAUACCAUUUGAAGAAUUCUAAGGAGAUCGUAAAUCAUUUGAAAUGUUAAGUGAGAGAGAUGAAAGAUAAUAAUAAAUAUCUGAAGAAGAAAGUGCAAAAGAUUUUAAGAAAUCUGAAGAUGAUAAUUCAGAUGAAGAAUCUAAAAUUGUAUAACCAUAAAAAUCAUUUUCAGAAAAUUUAAAAGUUCUAAUUAUUCAUAUUCUUACUCAUGAUACUUAUAUAAGAGAAUAAGAAUAAUAAUAAAAUGAAAUAGAUAAAAAGAAAUUAUCAGUACUCAUAUUUGUGUUUGUAGCACAUUAUUUUUAAGUAGUAUGUGUUUUAUUAAUGGUAAUUAAUGCUUGUUUUAAUGCUAAUAUAAUUGCAUUAUUCUAUCCAUUUUCAGCAUUCCUUUAUGGAUUAUUAGAGAAUCCUGUUCCAUCUAAAAGAUAUUGGAAUUUUCUACUCAUAUACACAAUAAUUAUCAUUUCAUUAAAAUUUAUAUACUAAAUGCCUAUCUUUUGUGAUUCACCUCCAUAUAGAUUUAUAGGAUUCUCUUAAGAAGAAGCAUGUGAACCUAGAGUUACAACUUAAUAAGAAAAAAUCACUAGAAUUGAUUAUGUUAUUGGUAUUAGGAAAUAUUAAGGAAUUGAAACAUUUAUGAAUGCAAUCUGGAUUGAAUUACUGUUAUUUAUUGCCCUUUUAAUAUAAAGAUAUUUGUUACAAUCUUAAGGAAUCUGGGAUUAUAUGAAACUAUCAUUAGAUAAAUACUUUAUUCCGUAAUUCUAAUAAUAAAUAGAUGAUAAAUCAAGUGAAAAUUAAUAAGAUUCUGUUUCUAAAUAAUCUGAAUAAGAAAUUGAUGACUUUUCAGAAGAACAUUAAGUAUAAGAAUAAUAAAAAGAAUAAUAAACUAUUAUGAUAUCAAUUUAAGAAUCCUUUACAUCAAUUUGGUAAUAAAUAGUUAAAUAUUAUUAUCGUUUAUUUCCACAUGCAUUAUCUACUAUAUAUGAAUAAAGAAAGCAUGAUCCAACAACUAAAUAAAUGUUAUUAAAGGAUGGAGUUGUAUUACCAGAAUAAAUCAAAGUUGGUAGAGAUUUCUAUGCUCCUGGCUUUAUUAUUUGUUUAAUCAUUUUAGUCUAUUUCUUACUCUUCUAUCCUAAUAUCAUAGCUAAAAGAAGUUAUGCUCACAUUACACAAGGAUAAAGUCAAAGAUUUUCAUCUGAAGUCAUUUUUGUACUUUUAGUAGUCAUUGCUAUUAUUAUUACUGAUAGAGCAUUAUUUAUUAUGAGGAAAGUUACUAAAGAUCCUAGAAAUGAUAGAUAAAAUUAAACUGGAAAUGAUAUUUAGAAAUAUACUUUAAUGAUCAAAGUAGCCAUUCAUUUUAUAUUAAUUAUUGUUGUUCAUUAUUACUUCUUUUUUGUUAUACCAUAAAAAACUAAUAAAAGUAAUAUAAUAUUUUCUAUUAUUUUUAGGAUUCUAAGAAUCUUACUAUUUAAUAUUUGCAUAUAUACUGGUUUGCAUCUAUUUUAUUAUUUCAUCUGUACAAAUUAGAUAUGGAUAUCCUAUCUAAAAGUAUACUCAAAUAUUUACUAAUUCUCAUAAACCUGCCAACUCUAUGGCUUUUAAAAUUUAUAGAAUGAUUCCAUUUUUAUAUGAGUUGAGAGUCAUUAUAGAUUGGACUUUUACCACUACUGCCUUAGAUUUAAUCUAAUGGUUUAGACUUGAAGAUAUAUUCGCUAAUUUAUACAUCUGUCAAGCUUAUCAGGAUUCUCGUAUUGAAAAUCAUAAAUUAGGAUAUCCAAGAUCAUCUUCUGAUAAAUGCUUAAAUGGAUGUCUUUAUUCAAUGUUUAUUGUUUUCAUUAUUAUCUUACCAAUUCUUAUUUUUAGUACUUUAAAUCCUGCAGUUGAAAUCAAUAAUAUUACUAAUGGUAAAUUUAGUAUUAAAGCUGCAUUCUUUGGUUAAGAUGAUAAAUUAUUUUUUACCUUAUUUUAAGUCAAUGAUUUAGAAUUAUUGGAUAUCCCUAAUGAAUAAUUUAAAAAGAUUUAAAAAAUAUAUGGUGAAAUUGAAACAUCAUGGUAAGAAAGAAUGUAAAAAGUAAGAAUAAAGAGAUUCAGUGAUUUAGAAUGGAAUCUUCCUGAGAAUUAUAGAGAUUAGAUAAGAAAUAUGAUAAAAUCAUAGGAAUAUUAGGUAGAAAUAUAAUGUGAAUGGGUAUUUUAAAAGAGCGAUAGUUAAGGUGGUGCAAAAUCAUUUACAGGAUAAUCUAUUGUAUAGGCACCUGAUACAUUUGUGAAUAAUUUUGGUAAGAUUUUGGCUCCAAGAGCUCCUGAUGCAGUAUUUGAUAUAAAGGUGUUGGUUCCAAAGUUUUUAUAUGUAGGAGAGUCAGCUGAAACUUAAGCAUUACGAUUGGAGCCAGUGAAUAUAAGAGAAGAGAUCAGUUACUAUUAAGAUAUUCGUUUAAUACAUAAGAAAACAAGUGAAUUUGUAUUUUUUGAAUUAGUACCAAAUGAUGAUUCUACAGACUUGAAAUAGAUAGGAGGUAUAAAUGAUUUAUUAUAUAUUAUAUAGCAUCAUCAUAGAAUAGAGUUGAAUUCUUUGUAUUAAAUGAAUUGGCAUUUGGAAGUUUAAUAGGAGCACUAUCAACAAAUAUGUCAAUUAUAAGUAUAUAUGCAACAUUUGUAUUGACAAUUGGUAGAUUUUUAAGAUUUGCCUAUGAUAAAAUAAGUACAAGAGUGAUGUUUGAAGAAAUGCCAGAGACAUAUGAAUUGUUUGAUUUGUGUUAAAGCAUUUAUAUAGCAAGAGUGGAUGGAGACUUCUUUAAAGAAGAAAUCUUUUAUGAAUUAUUGAUUAGGAUUUAUAGAAGUCCUGAGAUCCUAUUUAAAAUGACAGGUGCUUCAAUAUAUGAUAGAUAAAAGAAAUGA